AUGGUUUUCAUCUUCGGCGUCAACUUCAACGAGUCGCAUCUCGUCUCGCGCUCCCUACAGAAAUUCUACGGCAUCGGUCCUCAAGUCUGCACGAAACUCAUGGCGCGUUUCUCUAUCCACAAAACGGCCAAGAUCGGAUCUUUACGAGAUAAACAAAUCAACGAUCUCGCGGCGGAGCUUAGUACGAUGACAUUGGAGAAUGACUUGCGGAGGCAGUUGGUGGACAACAUCAAGAGAUUGAGGGACAUGGGAAGUUAUCGCGGCAGGAGACAUGCUAUGAGUUUGCCGGUGAGAGGGCAGCGGACGAGAAGUCAGAUUAUGACGGCUCGAAAGCUCAAUCGCGUGGACCGGAGGAAUUGA